GCUCCGCGCGUGCCGCACAUCAUGGGCUGCGGGCCUUCCCAGCCCGCGGAAGAGACGAGACGCGUGCCCACGCCCAAGAAGGGCUGGGAAGAGGGAUUCAAGGCUGAUGCCCGUGGGGCUCAUUCCUGGGAGAACUGCAGGCCCCAGGCUGAAGCUGCACUGCCCAGGGACUCUGUGGGAAUCCCAGAAGGCCUGGAGAAGCAGGCCCAACUGGGAAGCUUACCUGGAACCAUUCCAGAAAGUUCCCCAUCUCCUAGUGAAAGAAACAAAAGACUAAAUUCAGACCCAGUGAUCAAUGGAUUAAUCCAUAAACCCCAACCCUUAGAGAAUGGAGAGCGACAAAAGUCAUCAGACAUCCUGGAGGAAUUAAUUGUUCAAGGAAUAAUACAAAGCCACAGCAAAGUAUUGAGAAAUGGAGAAUCAUAUGACAUCAUGGUGAACAGGACUGAGAAGCCGUUGAGAAAGCCACCAGCCAGGCUGAAAAAACUUAAGCUCAAAAAUGAAGUAAAAGAUUUCUCAAUGAAGGACAUAGACGAGCAGAUGCAGGCGGUGGAGGAGCGCAGGAAGACUAAAGAAGAAGAAAUAAGAAAAACGCUAUGGGGUGACGGAAGUCGGCCCCCAGCCCAUCAUUCAGAUGCAGCUGAACCGGGUGAGACGGAGGUUCCAUUGGCCAAAAGACUUGAAACUGAGAGCUCUACUGUGUUUGAACCGUCCCACCUGCAGGAAGGAAAGCUGUUGAAAAGGAAAAAGAGUAAAAGUGACACAGCCUCAAAUGACAGAAUGUAUGGUUAUGAAGGUAUUGGGGUGGUGGAGUCAGACAUGUCCUACAACCAAGCAGACGAUGGAUUCUAAUGAGACAUUUUAUGUGAAUUUUGUGAAAAGGCACCCAGUUCUCCCCAGGUGUGACAUUCUUAGUCUGUCUCAUGUUUUCUUUGAAUGCCUCACCCCUCGCCCACUGGGAUGUGCGGUGGACUUAGAAAUGACUGUGUGAGCUCCGUGCGCUGGCACUUAGCUGAGUAAACUCAAUGGCUGUGCAGUUUUUUUAAAAAAAAGAAGAUAUGACUAGCCUCCCCAUUAUAAAGUUGUCACUCUCCUUCAGUGUGGCCUCAAACAUUGUGAUAAUGUCUUCAAUUUGUGAGCACCUUUCAGCUUGUGUUUGUGCCAAAUGAAAUCCUUUUUUUGUUCCUGCCAUCCGAGGGUCCUUUAAGACAAAUUGUAUGGACUUGUUUUAUUUUAAUGGUCUGUAUGCUUCUUGUGCUGUAUGUGUGGGUUUGUUUGUUUUUUUUUUUUUUAAUUCCCUUUGUGUUGUGAUUAAAGCAAUAGCCUAAAGUUGGUUGUAUUACAGUCUUACCCAUAUAGCUUAGGGAAGCAAUACCCACUUCUCAGAAUUAAGUGAGGUGUGGAAUUUUCUUCACAUGAGAAAAGAAGAACUUUAAUUGGGGCUGCGGUGGGAGGAGGCCCGGGGAGGGAGCGGGUAAGCUGAGAGGAGGCUAUGAUGCUAGUGG